GCCCCUAUAAAAGCGCCCCCUCAGCUGUGAGUGACGUCCGGCUGUGGCGGCUCGCGGAGGCUCCGGUAUGGCUGCUCCGGGCCCGGCCCUGGCCCUGCUGCUCCUCGCCGAGCCCCGCUGAGCCCCGCUAUGAGCUCUGGGCAGCCCGACGCUCCCGCGCUGGAGCCGGGCAGCGGGGCCCGCUCGGGCAGGAUGUCGCUGCCCCUCGGCGUCCCACGCCGCGCCUUCAGCUACGAUGAUGCUCUGGAGGACACGGCGCCCAUGACACCGCCGCCCGCUGAUCUGUGCGCCAGCGUGCUCUGGAAGCAGCCGGUCAUCCCCGAGCGCAAGUACCAGGAGCUCUCGAAGGAUGAGGAAGGGGAUGCCAACGUGAAACCUGUCAUAACUCCUUCAUCGUCCACAGAAAGUGUGAACAAGGUGCCUGUGGUGAAGGCCAAGGCCACUCACGUCAUCAUGAAUUCCCUCAUCACAAAGCAGACUCAGGAGAGCAUCCAGCGCUUUGAGCAGCAGGCAGGGCUGAGGGAAGCUGGCUACACACCCCACAAAGGCCUCACCACUGAGGAGACCAAGUACCACCGAGUGGCUGAGGCAGUCCACACCCUAAAAAUGCAGAAUGGAGAGACAACAAAAGAUGACAAACAGAAUUCUUCUGCUCAGUCCACUCCAAGCAGCACUCCCCACUCCUCCCCCAGGCAUAAAAACAGGGGCUGGUUUAGUCAGGGAUCCUCUACUUCUAUCACUGGCUCAGACUUUGCUAUGGAUGGUGGUGGGGAGAGAUUGCCAUCUGAAAGAUGGAGCUUUUUUGGACCUAGAGCUGUCCAGAAAUCAGCCAGUGAUGCAGGAGGAUUUACCAUUCAGUCCUAUAAGGGUGCCCAGAAGCCAUCCCCAAUGGAGCUGAUGCGUGCUCAGGCUACAAGGAUGACAGAAGAUCCAGUCACCUUCAAGCCACCUAAAAUGGACAUUCCAGGCACAGAUGGGAGGAAACAAUCUCCACGUUCCCACAACAUCAAACCUCGGGAUCUGAAUGUGCUCACUCCCACUGGGUUCUAGAGGAAAGCUUCCAGUGUCUUUAGCAGGCUACAGAGUGUCUUAGGCUCUGCUUCCCUGUCCCAUGUGCUGCACUAAAGUAGGAAAGUCUCCCUUUCCAGCACUUCAUCUCAGAAGAAGAAACAGUUGUGAUUGUCCUGCUAAACCUAGUCUUGGAAGAACUCCUGCACCUGUCCUAAGCCAAUGUAAAUCAUCUUGUCUACUGGGCUGCCAGGCUGCUCUGGAUGUGCUUCCCAGUACACCACGCCACAGUGAAACCCUGAGCCAUGCUUUUUUGGGACAGGAGUCCAUGUGGUGUGUGAGCACCUGGCUUCUAUGCCUGAAAUCUGUUUGUCUUGUCCUGCUCAGUGCUGAAGGACCCACAGGAGGACUGGUUUUGUCAAGAGAUAGAGCAGAAAGUGAUGUGAACAAGCAAGGACUGACGGCUGGACCAUUAACUGCCAGAGGGAAGAUAACGUGGUGGGUCAUCAUAAAUGUGGCACUCCCUCACUAUUCAGUGUGAUCAUGUUUUUUGUUCUUGGGAUGUUUUUUAAAGGGAAAAGGGACUACUAGUGACCAUACUAAGAUUUGGAAAGGCAGGGAACAGAAUCUAAUGGAGCUUGGAAGUAAUGAGGAGGAAUUCCUUUUCUUCCAGCUCUUCAUGUUGCUCUAAGAAGGUGGAAGUAACCAAAGUUGGUGUGGCUUGAAUGAAAUAGUCCUCUCUUUGUUCUGUAAAACAUCACUGUCCUGCAUUCUAGACAGCAGAUUUGCAGGUGCUCUGGCACUCUGGAUGCUGCUUGAUUUGUUUUUGUUGUUUUUUUUUUUUCCCUAGAAUCGUGUAGAAUGUAUUAGAGACUGGAAACACUUCUCAGACAGGGUAUUUUAUCAGCAUUAAAUGUGUUCUGCAGGGCUGGGGGCGGGCUGAGGGCAGACCAAGGCUAAACAUUCCUCCCUGCUAAGGUACAGCUGGAUGUGAUCCUUGACCUAGUCUGAACCAGUUCCUGGGAACAACUAACACUGGUUUUCAGUAAAAGUGGAAGGAACUCCUGGCUACCAUCUAAUCCCUUAAGCAUGAUAGGCAGCAUUGCUCUGUAAGCCUCACCUCUGCUGUGGCAAAUGGGUCUCCUCAGGUCUUCUCUUGAUCUCACAAUUGUGUAGCAGAGUCCCUCAGCCAGCAGCAGCCUUGUGUCUGGAAGCUUGUCUGUUGCCAGAACAUUAUACAGAGGUUACUUAACUGUUGAGCUCCAGGGUUUCUGCCUUCUUAAACCAAACACUUCCUGGAGGGUGAGACAGGGUUGGCUCCCUUGGCUGGCUGCUGGCCCCUCUGAAGCAGCACAUUUUGUAGCACUGCUUUCUCUCAAGCUUCAGCAGCACUGCCAGUGAUGUGUGGAAGUCCCCUACCCAAACCAGCAGUUCUGUCACCACUCAUUUGCACCUUGGCAAUCAGGCUCUUAUUUGACAUUAAUUUAUUUGUUGACUGUAUUCACAUUUCCUAAUAUGUAUGUUUUUUGUUACAGAACAAUAAAAUCCUUGUGGAAUGGA